AUGUUCACAAGCCACACAUAUCUCUCUCUAUGCAAAGGUCCUGCCUCCCCUGCCUACUCCUCACAUGCAGCUUUGCAGCCUCAGCCGCAGCUGAACGUUUUUUAACCUGAUCUGCCCCAGGAUGUGGCUUCUGGGGUGACGUCGGGCCCAGAUGUUCUCCCCGACCACGCCCACACCCGGGAUUGAAACACCCUCAGAGCAGCAAUAACGGGCAAAGCUUGUUCUACUGUCACAAUGCAAGGGAAGGGGUAGACCAGCAGCAUUAUUUUUUUUUUUAAUGUUUAUUAUUUGGCAUUCUACAAAAAAAAAAAAAAUAAUAGUCAGCUUUUGAAGCCGAUGAAGCCGCAGCUUUCCGAGCUGGGAUUUCCUCUCUUUCCUUUCACUGGACUUCAAAUGCAUUCACUUUUUAAUGACCGGCCGGGUGGGAUCUUCCUGGACGAAGUGCAGUUUUGGUAAAGCUACAAACCCAGCACUCACAGUACGCAGCGUGCCCAGAGAGAGAAGACCCAUCCCCCACCCCCUCCGCCCACCAGCUUGGAUAUAUAGAGAUAUAUUUAUAUAUAUUUUUAUGCAAAGAGAGAAAAAGUGCAAUUCGAGAUUAAAACAAACAAUUUCUCUGUAAAAUGGCAGCCGCCGCCUAUGUGGAUCAUUUUGCAGCCGAGUGCCUUGUUUCCAUGUCCAAUCGCGCGAUUGUCCAUAGCCCCAAAGAGGACCCCGACACCUCUCCCGAAGGCACAGCAGCCCUUCCUUUUCCGAAUGCUGAAGACAGACGAGAAGGCAGAGAGACUGGCAAGGACAACGCCUCUUUGAUCGUGGUGGCCAGGAUUUUAGCUGAUCUCAACCAACACGUUCCAGCUCCUGUCCCGCCGACGGAGAAGAGAGAAAAUGUCUCCAAAAAGGAGAAAUUACCUAGCCGCCUCCCUCCGUCGGGGGAGCCGGCUCAGGAAGCCGCCUCCCCGGACAGCCGAUGGAGCGGAGAAGCAGCCACACCUACUAGUCCAGCAGGGAGCGAGCCCAGCCUCAAACAAAGGAGCAGACGGGGGAGAAGCCGAGCUGACCCCGAGUCACCUCAGAAAAAGCACAGAUGCCACUACGCGGGCUGCGAAAAAGUUUAUGGCAAAUCCUCCCACCUCAAAGCUCACCUAAGGACUCAUACAGGCGAGAGACCCUUUGCCUGCAGCUGGCAGGACUGCAGUAAGAAAUUUGCCCGUUCCGAUGAGCUGGCCCGGCACUUCCGCACCCACACUGGGGAGAAGAAAUUCAGCUGCCCCAUCUGCGAGAAGCGUUUCAUGCGCAGUGAUCACCUGACCAAACACGCCCGCCGUCACGCCAACUUCCACCCCAGCAUGCUCCAGCGGCGAAGCGGCGGCAGCUCGAGGACGGGCUCGGUCAGUGACUACAGCCGCUCAGACGCCAGUAGCCCCACCAUCAGCCCCGCCAGCUCGCCCUGAAUCAUCCCGGACUGGGCCAGCAGCAAACCCCAGCACCCACUUUGUGGCGUCUGAGUUGUCUUGCUCUCGCCUACAGCUCUCUUCUUGCUUGUUGUUGCUGUUUCAUUUUUUGGGGGAAAAAAAAAUAGUUCAGUUCUUAGCUUACAGUUCCGGCAGAUACUUGUCACCUCCCCCCUGUGGGUGGCUGAACUAACUUUACCAAUGGAUGGAUUGAAUUCAUAUCCUGUACCUAAAUCUUCCUUUUGUUUUAUAGCCAUAUGCUUCUUGUUAACCUAUAUUUUUUUUUUUAAGAAAAAAAAUUUUUUAAAGCCAACAACGACGACGACAACAACAACAGAAACUUUUCUUCACCUCAGGUGUCAAAACAGAUUUGUAAAAAAAAAAAAAUGAAAUGAAAUAAAAAAGCAAAAAUGAAAAAAACCAUAAAUUGCACAAAGGAAAACCAUGUGAUUAAAAUUCAACUAUGUUGAGCUCGUCCUCCCUCCCCCCAGCCCUUCCCCUUUCUCAGGGAUGGAUAUUUAUGUUACACAAUAAGUACAAUGAAGACACACCCUUACUGCAGCCUUACUCUGUAAAUAGAUUUGCACUCAGAAGUUUUCUGUUAGAUUCUUUCACACACUGGGGAAAAAGACAGACAAUAAUAAUGAUGAUGAUAAUAAUAAAAAGAAACAAGGACUGGAAGCUGGUGCUUGACUGGUCAGUUGUUUCAGGAUGGAAAUUCAUUUUUUGGGUUGAUAUUAACACCAUGGGAGACCAAACUCAGAGGUCUUGUGAACUUUGACCUGUUUAGGGCUGCUCUGGUCUUGCUUUCCGCUUCCCCUCAAACCCCUAAUCUCUUUCCAUCCUCCUGCCCAUUGCUUCUGAGUGCCCAGUCUGUAAUCCUGAUUAUUUCUUCAAGAUGGGAUCCCACUUCCAAUUACAGGGGGGAAAAAAAAGCAAAAUUCUCCACAUUUGAGGCUCAAGGUGAAGGCACUUAGGCCAGGCUGAAAUCCCCAAAGUGAUGCCUUAAAUGAUUGGCAAAAGGAAGAAAAGCCUAUGCUAAGGCCUCCACCUUUUCUCCUGAGAGGUGGCAUCACCCUCUGCAGAGAGGCAGCCUCUCCUAGAGUUAUUCUUGUCCCUGGGGACCCUUUUCUCUCAAGCAUUCUCUCUCCACUGAAGUAGCAGGAAAUGCUAACACCCUCUCACCGAGACCAACUCUCCCCCUUUUUUUUGAAAGGGCUGAGGAAGCAGGGUGCCCAAGGAGUCCUCUGCUGCCCCCUGUUCCCCAGCCUCCACUCAGAGUCUGACUAAGGUACUUACCUACUGCACCCAUGGAAGCCACUGAGCUACUGAACUUACACAACACAGGAAGUUCCUCUGUCCCCUUGCAACACAACUGUGGUGAAUGGUAAAAGCAAAAGGAACCUUUUAUUAUAAUAACUUGUACUCUGACUGGAAAAUAAAACUUACCUAUUUUUUUUUAAGUGUCAAAAAGUGUUAUUAGCUCAUUCACGGUUCAAAAAUCUCUUAAAGCAACCUUCAUGGCUGCUGCUAAGGCAUCUAUCUUCCAUGCAAGGAAAAAGGGAAUUUGAAGGGAUAAGUUGUAACUUUGGGGACAUUUUAUCAGGUGUGUAGAUAGCUUGUGCAUCAUAUAUGUGUAUGUAGAAUAUACAUAUAAUCAUGCACAAUAUGCUACACGGAUUGUAUUCUCUGGCAGGAGACUAGAACAUUGAUUUGGAGACAUUUCUUCAUGGGUAAAGUGAACUGACCUACCAAAAAUGCUGGCAGAACAAGCUACCAAGUUCAUCCCCUCCUCCAAUUGUGUAAGGCAUUAGAGGGAAUUUUUUUUUUGGCCUUGUCCAAAGUGACCGCUGUGUGGGUGUUUGAGAUUGGGGGUCGGGGUGCAGAACCCACCCUUCUUUCCCUAAGGUCCUUUUCCCACUCUCCAGCCAGUCUCAAUCGAAAUUGAUCAUUGGCCAUCACCCCCACAUCCCUUUUCCUGCGUUGUACUCCUUGCUCUCAGGAUCCCCUCCUUUCUUCCUCCAUUCCAGAACAUCCUUCAAAAGUUAAAUCUAGUCGCAGAAAGCCUUGACUUCUGGCAUUUUUCAGAAGACAAACUUCACUUUGCCCUGGAAGAAAUGACCAUCGAGUAAUAUGCAAUGGCCUGAGUGAUCAACAAAUCCUUUUGGUUCAUCUAGUUUGUUUCAGAGUGGGGGUUCUUCAAGUUGGGGGGGUCCUUUGGACUUCUAAUUAUUUUACAUUUUAAUUUCAUUUUACUGUAAGAAGGGAAAUGCCAUAGAGUAUAGCAUAGUAAAGAAAUGACAACCAACCAACAUGUAUACACACAAUAUAGAUACACAUGCAUAUGUAUAUGUACACAUAGAUGUGUGUAUGUGCAUAGAUAGAUAUAUAGUACCCGACCUGCUGUUUGUCAUCAAGCAAGUGACUCCACAUUCCGAAGGAGUUUCAGCCUCUCUCGUUUUGCUGCUUUGCAUUGUUCCAAUUUGCCAGUUUCUAAUUUUGUACUGUGUGUUAACUGUGAUGGGCUAAUGAUAUGUUCUGUUAGAGGUUUCUACGUAGUGUAAUAGGUACUUGCAUUUAACAGUUGCGUUGUUCAUAAUGUCGUGCACUGUUUCGGUUGUGUGGUGGGUGGCUACUUCAGCCCAGAUUGAAGCAUGGAUGUUCCAGUCUUUAAAUAUAUGUAUAUAAUAUUAUAUGUAUGUAAUAUUAUAUAUGUGUAUUUAUACUUCUAGAUUUGUUGCAACUGUCACCUGGCUUCAUUUAUUUGAAUUAUUCUCAUCCGCUGGGCUGGAACUCUUGUUGAAAAAAAGGUCCAGGCAGAGAAGGACUAUGGGAAAGAGAAGCUUGGGGAAUCAUGGUAUAUUCUACCCAACUGAUUGUCUCAAAGGGUGUGACCAGGUAGCCCUGAAAGGGCAAAUUGAUCACGUUUUCCAAAGUUGUUGCUGAGCUUUUCAGAGAAAAUCUGUGUUUUGGAUACAUUUGGGAAAUCAGGAAUUCACAUUCUGGGCUUAGGGGGUACUUAUCCCAAAGUCUUUUGUUGUAGUCACUGAAGUGGCUCCACAAGCCAGGAGAGAGGGAGAUGGAUGCUUCAGGGUUUUUUUUUUUCUGUGCCAAGUGCACGUUUUUAAAGCCAUUCACAGAGGGGCCCAUAAAUGAUUUUUCUUGUUAUUAUAAUGUUGUGAUUUCUGAGAUGUGUUUUCAGGCUCCACAUCUGCAUAUAUAGGAAAAAAUUAUAAUAAAGGGAAGUCUUAGGGUAAUGGACUUAUUUGUAUUAGUAGAAUAGGGGGUGGGAGAAAAAGAGAAGGAAGGUAUGCUAUUCCCAAAGAAAGCACUUUGUUUCCUUUUAGUUUCAUUGUAGGACCUGAAUCUAAGGCCAUUCUGUCCACUAGAUGGAAAGGCAACAUUGCCUUAAUAUAGGAUUCUACUGUAUCAUGGAAGCCUGAACACAAUGAUGUGGUAUCCGCUAUUGCUGUGAAAGGAAUCCAGCUUUGUCUUCACUGUUUUCAUUAUUAAAGUGGUUUUGAUGAGAUGAAAUGGGGGAUGGGGGGGAGCAAUCAGGGGCUAUUACUGAUGAUGUCUGAGACACAGUGAUGGUUGGUUGUAGGAUCUGCUCCCCAUGGUCUCACCUGAAUCUUCGGGGGAUUUAAAAUUUGUCUCAUUAGCAAGAUUUUGGGAUUCGGGCAAAUGGAAUUCUUCCAUUAGAGGGCCAUUUCGCCAGAAGUAGAACUCAAAAGGCAAUGCAAUAUGGCCCUGUAGUAUGAUGUCUUUAACAAAUGGAAAUGCAAUUAAAAAAGAAACUUGGAAAGCCUUAUUAACUCAGGCCUUAGUUGAAAAAAAAGAGCAAGCCUUUGUAUAUACAGCAGGAAACACACCUGAAACAAAAAGCCAUGUUCUUUUCCAGGCCAGAAUACGUCCACAAGACAUUUGGGACUCUUUCACUUUUUAUGUGUUUGGGAACCACCUUCAGAUGUCUGUUGGUCUGGGAGCUUAAAGUGGACACUUGAAAACUGUAAAAAAUCAAGACCUCCAAGGAGAUCUAGACUCCACCAAGGCAAGGAGAAACGAAGAACUUAAAGGGAGCUUGCCUCACAAGAUCCUCAGAUGACUUUUACUGACACCUCCACUCCCCCCAAGUGGUGCUGAUCCAUAUCUAAAUCAUUUUUUCUGAUCAGGCCUCCAAAACUUUGAAGCUCACCUAUAUCCCUAGACACAUCCUCUAAAAAAUUUAGCUCAUUCUCUGGGAAAAUUGUGUCUCAUUCUCUGAAUGCCUCCUGUAUCCCAAACAGCCAUAAAGAUGGAAACAGAAUGGACACAAUCUUCUGUAUAAAGGGCUUUGAGAUCCUCUUUUUGAAAGGUGCUACUUAAAUGUAUUAGAUUACUUCCACAUAUAGUCCCUAUUAUCUUCAUCUUAAAUUCCCAAAGUGAAGUAACUUCAGGCUUCCAAACAGCUUGGGGGACAGAGAGUGCAUUUUGAUAUAUUGCUCUUCCAUCUGGGUGUUUGCAUUGAUCCCAUACAUUAGAAAGCAGAGUCCGACCCCCUCUUCAGUCCUUAGGAAAACCCUCUUGCUCUGGUAAGCAAAGGCAGGGGGAAAACAGUUUGGUUUUGUAGCUUUAAGCACCCACUAACAAGAGGUCUGUGCUUCUCCAUCACUGAAGCUAAGGCUUGAGCUUGAAGGUGGGAUAGGCAGUAAAUGAUACAGUUCACACUGACUUUUUCCUGCUCUUUAGCCUGAAGCAGAAGGCAAGUAUCAGAAAUCAGUAUCAACAUUGAGUGCUGCCAGCUUGAACAAACUCGAUCUCCAUUCAGGAAAGAAAGAUCCAUGCCAUCACCUAUUAUAGCCAUGCAGCCCCAAGAGUGGGUAACGUGUUUUGUGACUUCUCAUUGAUAGAACUUAAAAGAAACUAUCAGCCAGUUUUUGUUGUGGUAGAGCUAAAACUCACAGCUAACCCGUUUGGUAGAUUUGUUUCCAUGGAAUCCAGGCAGUUCUCCCAAGGAAUCAAACCAGCCGUGUAGAAAAAAGGCUUUUAUUUCUGGUUAUAACGCAACCACUGAGGAAUAGAAAAAUGGCAAAUAAGACUUAGAUCCUUGGUGUCAAACUCAAAUACAAAGGAGGAGGUCACUAAGCUAUACAUAAGGAUCCAGGGGGUUAUGUAUUGACUUAGAAAACCCCAUUUUAACAGUAUCUGUGUUCUAUUGUAUUUUUAUUUAUUUUGUUAAAAUAUUUCCCAGUUUUACAUGUUAGUCUGGUACAGCACUGAGCUGUGUGUUUGGCACCUCUGACUUAGAUCAUCCUGUAUGUUUUGCUAUCCAAAGACUUAAACCAUACAUAUAUGUCUAUGCAUGUGUGUAUAUAUCACAUGUACAUAUGUACAUAUAUAUACAUAUAUUGAUAUAAAUCGUUUUCCUGACACUGGGACCCACUGACACUGGAUUUUAGUGGCUUGUCCUGGAGACAUUCUGGUGGAUUUCUCAUUUGGUUUCGGUUAAGAAAUCCAACCUACUAUAUUGAUGGGCAACAUAACAUAAUUGAGAGAGAUAGUUAUUUAUUUUGUGGAGUACAAACCGAGAUUUCUUAGAUGACUUCCUUUAUUAUUGUUUAUAUCCCAUAUUAGCUUUAUUUGACAGGAGAUUUGAAUCUUGGGUCCAUUCAGGUUAGAAAUGCCAGAUCGUGUAGAUUUCAUAUUAUCAUCUCAAACUAUCAGGCCAUCUUACUGACUUUCUCACCUUUGAUAAACUCUUUUCAUGAAAACAACAAAGAAGAUUCUCCUCUUCAAUUUUUGUUGUAGGAAAUAAUCUGUACAGUGUGAACAGCUUUCUUGCCCUACCUGCCCCCACUUUUUUCAUUUCCAUUUCAUCUUGGAGGAGAUCUUAAUAGUCAGGAAACCAACAAUUAUGCUUUCUGAUUUGGAAAUGAAAUUUGCCAGAUGAAUUAUGAAGAAUUCAAAUCCUGCCUUCUGUUCAGAAUUUAGGAGAUUUAUUAACCAACUUGCCUCGAACUGGAUUUUCAUCCCUCAGUACUCUAUGAGAAGAAAGCGAAUGGGAUCAUUUUCCCAGAGCAUGAAGCAGGCUGAGACUCUAGCUGGGGUGGGGCUGGGUUUGAGGAACUAAAAUCUGAAAAUUUACUUUUUUUUGGUGCUUUUGAGAAGCUGGAUUUUUCCUUGCUUUCAGUCACUGCUACCUUGUUUAGUCAAAAGAUGUCUUUAUAGCCAAGGGUUUUGAUGGCAACAGGAACAAGGGUCAGGGUGACCAUAGUCAUAUUUGUGGCAGAGGAGAAAGAAUUUUUUUCUCAUUAUCAUCUUUGAUUUUGUAAAAAAUCACUUAGCAUAUUCAGGUUCCCAGCAUCAUGGGAUAGAGCAAUCAGGAAUGAGUGUCUCUAUUAAGCAGCUUAUGCAUAGUUCUGGGUUGGAGGGUAGAGAGUGUCACAUCUUGAUUUGUGAGUGUACAGUCUUAUUUAUGUAUAUAUGCACAGGGAAUAGGGGGCACAUCGCCUCCAGAUCCCUGCACACAGAAGUUCUGUCCUUUCCCUUUUGAUGUGAUCUUCGAGGGAACUAUUUGCAAAUAGUCAAGGGCAAAAUACAAGGGUCCUAGACCAUUUCCAUAAAGCACACAUAUUUUCAUUUUCUAUCUGAACUUAAAAAAAAUCAGCAACACACCAAUGCUUCCAAAGGUCCCAGAUCAACUUUCCAAAUCACUACAUUAAAGUAUUACAGUUGUACAGUUCCAUACUGGUCUACAUGUGCUCUGCUGUAACUUUUUAUGUAUUUUGUAUGGCAUAGAUUAUAUAUUGUAAUGAUGUCCUAUGCAAAAAGAAAAAUUAACAGAAUUGUAAAAUAUAUUGUCUUAACUUGUUAUGCAUGUUUAGUGACGUUUACAUUUUGAAAUAAAAAUUUAUAAUGAAUUGUCA